AUGGAUAUCUCUUACCCUGUCUCACAUCAUCAAUCAUUUAAAUUAGAAAAUUUAAAUCAAACAAGUGAUGUCUAUUAUAAGACCUACGGUAAAUUGAUCGAGCACAUGAAACAGAAUUCAAUAACAAAAGAAGAAACGUCGACUGACAUUGAAAUACACCAGGACCAAAUAACAAAACGAAUCGUCAAACGGAAACAGGAGUACGAAGAUGACACAAAAAACAGCCGAAAAUUGCCAGCAACUGGAAUUCUAGCGCUUCAGAUUGUUCUCACUCAGGCGUGUAAUCAGCAGUUUAUUGGAAUAUCACAACGACAGGCAUCGUACGCCACGUGGCCACAAGAUAUCCCAUUACCAUCUGUCGAUGAUAUUGUUCGGGCUGGAUUCUUUUAUUCUGGCAAGAAAACGAUUGUCACUUGUUUCUAUUGCAAUGGAUCGCUUCAGAACUGGGCGGAAAAAGAUAAUCCAAUGAUUGAACACGUUCGAUGGUUUCCACAGUGUCCCUAUGCAAGACAAUUGUGUGGGGAUGAUCUGUAUCAGAAAAUUCAGCAAUUAAAAUGGAUUGCUCAACAAGCAAAUUCUCAGCAACAAAUAUCGACCGAAGUCUCAUUAUCGCUACCAAAUGUAAACCCAACUAUCCGAAACAAUUCCUCGUCGAAUCUGUUAUCGAUACCAGAUGAGAGCACAUUAUCAAGAUUUGUGGCUGCGAGACUCGAUUUACCGGUAUCUCAACGAAUGUUAGACAAAUUCAGAUUAUCCAUAAUUAAACGGUGUUACGAAGAUCAAUUGAGAUUAAAACUUGAGGAUUUUGUGAGCGACAACGAUCUGUAUAUGGCAUGUUUAAUUCUCCAAAAACAAAUUGAAGUUAUCGACGGUAAAAAAGAAAAUAUUAUCAUUCCAUCAAAGCACUUACAAGAAAUAACGGAGAAAAAUAAACGCGAAGUGAUAAUAGAUCAAACACAUUUAACGAUGAAACAAGAUGAGACUGAAGAAAUGGUCACAUCGACAGUGGCUGACAAUGUUGACAAAAAUGGUAGGCAGAAAUAUUUUUAA